AUGAAUGGCAACAGCAACAGUCUGUUCAGCAUUGACAGGCAGAGCGGGCUGCUGACCAGAGGCCGCAGGGCGCUGGACAGAGAGACCAGUAGCUCCCAUGUGUUGGAGGUGGAGGCCUACAACAGUGACGAGGGCAGCAUGAGGAGCUUCGUCAGGGUGAUCAUUUAUGUUGACGAUGCCAAUGAUGAGGCCCCCGUGUUUACCCAGCAACAAUACAACCGUCUGGGCCUGAGGGAGACGGCUGGUGUCGGCACCUCUGUGAUUGUGGUGCGCGCCACAGACCCAGACACUGGUGAUGGUGGAGCCGUUGCUUACGCCCUUGUGACCGGCUCAGACCGCAAGUUUGAGGUGGAUGUGAGCACUGGCCUGGUAACCACUGUGGACUACCUGGACUACGAGACCAAGACCACCUAUCUGAUGAACGUCUCUGUCACUGACCAAGCCCCCCCUUUCCACAAAGGCUUCUGCACCGUCUACGUCACGCUGCUCAAUGAGCUGGAUGAGGCCGUGGCCUUCUUAUCCGCCGGGUACGAGGUUUCGCUUGGUGAGAACAUCGCCACGGGGACCCAGGUGACCCAGGUGCAGGCCCAGUCAGCUGACAACCUGAACCAGUUGACUUACCGCUUCGACCCUGACACGUCGCCUUCCGCUCUGGCCCUCUUCAAGAUAGACAGCGUCACGGGCCGUAUCACAGUGACCGGCCUCCUGGACAGAGAGAAAGGCGAUAUGUACACCUUGACUGUUGUCGCUGAUGAUGGAGGACCCAAAAAGGACUCCACUGUGAAGGUUUCGAUCACAAUCCUGGAUGAGAAUGACAACAGUCCAGAGUUUGACAUCACAUCCGAUACUUCAGUGGACAUCCGAGAGAACACAGCCUUGGGGAAAAAAGUGGCAGUCGUGCUGGGAAGGGACAGAGAUGCUGGAUUAAACGGACUGGUCAAUUUCACUCUGGUGGCAGGCAACAUGGAGGACGUGUUCAAGAUCAAGACUGUGAACAACACCUAUGGGGAGGUUUUUGUGAACGCUCCUCUGGACAGGGAGUCAGUAGACCGCUACCUGCUGAAGGUUCGUGCCAUUGACGGUGGCUCACCUCCUAGAUACUCUGACCACUCCCUCACCAUCAACAUCCUGGACAUCAAUGACAACGCACCUGUCAUAGAAAGCUUGAAGGGCUACAACGUCAGCAUCAGUGAAAAUGUUGGCGGAGGUACAUCAGUGCUCCGUGUGAUAGCUACAGACCAAGACAUCGGGCCCAACGCCAUGCUGUUCUAUUACAUCACUGCUGGAAACCAGGACCUGACCUUCCGCAUGGACCGCGUCACCGGAGAGAUGGUGACACGGCCGGCCCCCCCCGACCGAGAGCGCCAGCAAGAGUACCGACUUACUGUCACUGUGGAAGACGACGGCACGCCACCUCUGUCGAUCUCCACCACCAUCUAUGUUCACAUCGUGGAUGAGAACGAUAACGCUCCAGAGUUUCCGGAGGAGGAGUACGUCACGGUGUUAAGUGAGGGUCCGGAAACAGUGGGUGCCACCAUCGCCACGGUAACAGCCAUCGACCCAGACGAGGGUCUGAACGGCACCUUGAGAUAUGCUAUCGCUCAGGGAAACCUGAUCCAGACCUUUAAUAUAAACAGCAUCACGGGGAGGAUUACAGCCGUAAAGGAGCUGGACUACGAGAUCAGCAAAGGACACUACGCGCUGGUUGUUACAGCAACCGACCAGUGUGAAAAUCCUGCUCUUCGCCUGACCUCAAGCACAACAGUGCUGGUAAGUGUCCUCGAUGUGAACGAUGUAACACCAACUUUCCCCAGAGCCUUUGAGGGACCCUUCGAGGUGACUGAGGGACAGCCGGGUCCUCGGGUCUGGACUCUUAAAGCCAGCGAUGAAGACUCUGGGCUCAACGGGAAAGUGGAGUACAGCAUCACCGGUGGCGAUCCCCAGAAUGAGUUCAUGGUUUCUCCAGUCGAGGGGGAGCUUCGGGUGAGGAAGGAUGUAGAGCUGGACCGAGAGACAACAGCCUUCUAUAACAUCACCGUCACAGCACGAGACCUGGGCACCCCGUCUCGCAACACCUCGGUGGUGGUGGGGGUCAAUGUCCGAGACAUCAAUGACAACGACCCAGUCCUCUUGAACCUGCCUUACAACACCAGUGUGAGGGAAGGAGCCACCAUACACACCGCUGUGGCCCGGGUCCAAGCCCGAGAUGCAGACAGCGGACGCAAUGCUCUGCUCACUUACAACAUCACCGCGGGCAACCCUGAUGGAGCCUUCUACGUCAAUGACACGACAGGUGUGGUGCAGGUGAACAGACCCCUGGACAGAGAGCGGGUGUCAGAGUACAGACUCACUAUCACCGUCAAAGACAACCCCGAGAACCCCCGCAUCGCUCGCAGGGAUUCAGACCUCUUGGUGAUCAGCAUUCUGGAUGAGAAUGACAACAGGCCCGUGUUCACCAGGACCAGCUACAGGGCUGAGAUCAUAGAGAACUCGGCAGCAGGCAGUAAAGUAUCAGUGUUAAAUGGGCCAGUCCUGGCAGAGGAUAAAGACAUCGGACCCAACGCUGUAGUGAAGUACCGCCUGCUGGGAGCCAGGGUGGACCUCUUCACUGUGGAUGCCAAUUCUGGUAUGAUCCGGGUGCGUCAGGGGGCUCAGUUGGACCGCGAGGCGUUUCAGGAGCCUCGUGUUGAGCUGUUUCUGGUUGGGGAGGACAUAGGUGGUUUAAACAGCAGCGUCCCUCUCACAGUCACCAUCCUGGACCAGAAUGACAACCCCCCCAUCUUCAGCCCGGCCAGCUUCAGCGUCCGACUCCCUGAGAACAGCCCCACUGGUGUGGUGGUGACUCAGCUGUCUGCCACUGAUGCUGACUCGGGCUCCAAUGGCUGGCUGACGUAUCGUCUGGAGAGCGGUGCUCAGGACCGCUUCAUGGUCGAUUCGCUCUCUGGCACCGUCCUGGUCGGCAACACCACCCUCGAUAGAGAAGAACGCGGGUCCUACCGCCUGGUUGUCAUGGCAACCGAUCGGGGCACUCCCUCAAUGUCCGGCACAGCCACGCUGACGGUCAUCCUGGACGAUGUGAACGACUCCCGGCCCCGUUUCAUAGAGCCCAUCACCAUGAUAAACGUCAACGAGUCCACACCGCCAGGCGUGGUGGUGGCCACGCUGACCGCUGAAGACCCUGAUCUGCACCCCCGACUGGAGUAUUACAUCAUCUCAGUGGAGGCAAAGGAUGAUGGGAACAAUGCAGUGGAUGGCCUGCAGGAGUCCUUCGGCAUUGAUUUACACACUGGUGCAGUGUUCGUACGCAACCCAAUCAACAGAGAGCUGGUCGCGACAUUCGAGAUCAUUGUGUCGGUCCACGACAAUGCCAGCGAGGUUAUUGACAAAUCAGGAAGUGUUCCUAAUGCGAGACUCACCAUCAAUGUGUUGGAUGUAAAUGACAACGCCCCUCGUUUCCGGCCCUUCGGAGUGACCAACUUCACAGAGCAGAUUUUGGAAGGAGCUCAGCCAGGUACUACACUGCUCUCAGUGUCAGCUGUAGACCCCGAUAAAGGUCCCAACGGCCAGGUCAUCUACCAGCUGCUCCACCUGCCCCGGGGGGGGUACGUCAGACUGGAGGACCCCUCUACUGGUAAGAUUGUAGCAAACCAGACGGUGGAUUUUGAGCAGAUUCAGUGGCUGAAUUUCACGAUUCGGGCCCGAGACCACGGCACUCCUCCGAGAAUCGCUGAGCUGCCAGUUUAUCUGCGCAUAGUGGAUGUGAAUGACAACAACCCCGUCUUCCUACAACCAUCCUACCAGGAGCCCGUGUUUGAGAACGUCAACCUGGGCACCACCAUAGUGCGUGUGAGCGCUACAGACGCUGACUCGGGCCUCUUUGCCGUCAUUGAGUACAGCCUGGUAGACGGGGAAGGCAAGUUUGCCAUCAAAUCAUUAACUGGAGAGAUCUACAUCCUUUCCCCUCUGGACAGAGAGACAAAGGAUCAUUACACUUUAACCGCUGUUGCCCGUGACAACCCCGGCGGCACCUCCAACAACAGACGAGAGAACUCUGUCCAGGUCCUGGUGACAGUUGUGGAUAUCAACGAUUAUCGUCCACGCUUUUCGGAGCGAAUGUACAACACCAGCGUGUUUGAGAACGAGCCCAGUGGAACGUCUGUGAUCACAGUCAGGGCGACGGACCUGGAUGAGGGAGAGAAUGGAGCGGUGCUCUACAGCCUGCUGGGCGCCCACUCAGACGCGUUCUCCCUGGAUCCAAACGCGGGGCUGAUCCGCUCUCGCCGCCUGCUCCAGUCUUCUGAGCGUUUCAACCUGACGGUGGUGGCUACAGAUCAGGGGCGCCCCCCCCUGUGGGGCACUGCAGACCUGUUCAUUGUGGUCAUAGAUGUCAACGACAACAGGCCAGUGUUUGUCCGGCCCGCCAACGGAACCAUCAUUCAUAUCUCGGAGGAGCAGCCCCCAGGCCUGCCGGUGUACGAGGUGCACGCAACCGACUCUGACGAGGGUCUCAACGGAGAGGUCCGCUACGGCUUCCUGCAGACUGGAGCCGGGAACAGAGACUGGGAGAACUUCCACAUCGAUGCCACGUCUGGAGUCAUCACCACUACUGUGAAACUGGACCGAGAGAAACAGGCCCUCCACAGCUUUAUCAUUGUGGCCCGGGACAUGGGCCAGCCUGUGCCUUACGAGACCACUCAGCCUCUGCAGGUGGCGCUGUUGGACGUCGAUGACAAUGAGCCCGUCUUCCUUAAACCGCCGCGUGGCAGCUUGCCUUACCAGAAGCUGACCGUGCUGGAGCAUUCCCGCCCAGGAACUGUGGUGGGGAACAUCACCAGAGCUGUGGACGCAGAUGAGGGCACCAACGCCAUCGUCUACUACUUUAUUGCAGCAUCAGGACAAUAUCAUAUGGAGUCAGACACUGGAAGUGUGCUGGAGGCGUUGACUGGGACUGAUGGAAGGAUGAGGCUGAUGAGACUGAAGAAUCUGCGAGGAACGAACUAG